GCAGGGAUUCCUCUGUCAGUGACAAGAAACUACUGAAGCAAGUACAACGUUCCUCAGGACGCACUGGGCUUCGCCAACCCUCUUUCAAAACAUCACUAUAAUUAUAUAUAAUUCCUAGAUAAUUGUAUAUAAAAUGAGAACUUUGACUUUCUCACUUCUUUUUCCUGUUCGUGCCCGCAGCAUGGGAUUUGCCCACACCUGCAACACUGGGGCUGCCCACGCUCGCACCGUCGGGGCUGCCCACGCUCGCACCAUCACCACUAAACACAAAUCAAAGAGUAAAGCGUCCGAACUGCCUUCCAGUGAGACGUCGGAGAGCUUGAGAUAUGUAGUGGAGUCGCAGCACCCGAAAGUACCCAUGCCCUACACUCCAUUCGCACAAUAUAUUUUCUCCGAGAUUCAUAAGUGGUCGCAUAAAACUGCUAUUGAAUGCGGGAUUACAGGCAGAAGAUACACUUAUGGAAAGUUGUUAGACGGAGUCAUGAGAUUUGGUGGGAUGCUUCAGCAGCUCAUUAGAGAUAACUCAGAAGUUUCAGACCCCACUAAACUGAUAGUGGCCAUCUUGUCGCCCAACUCUCCGGAGUACCCUGUGGUUUUCAUGGGUACCUUGGCUGUUAGUGCAGUCGCUACCACCAUCAAUCCCACCUACACCCCCGAGGAGGUAGCAUCUCACCUUGCUGACAGUGGUGCUGGAGUACUAGUGGUGGAUAGCGUGCUGGAACCUCUAGCUGAUGCUGCACUCAAGCUCCUGCAGCGAGACCUCACAGUCAUCGUCAGUGGCGCCUCCACGAGCGGAAGACCCAACUUGGAAGAGAUUAUAACCAACACCAACAUACCCUUUGCUCAGUUUAUGGACAUCCCUAGCGAAACGAUCGCUUGUAUGCCCUACUCCAGCGGGACAACAGGAAAACCAAAAGGCGUGUGCAUUCCUCACUCUUCUCUCUCUAAUAUAAUCCCCAUAUAUCACAACCCCUACACCUUCACCGUCAUCAAGGCAGAUGGAGAGCAUCAGGAAGAAUUCAUGGGUCUGCUGCCCUUCUUCCAUAUCUACGGGAUGAUGACAGUUAUGUCCUGUGCAAUGUUCAACGGGGUCAAACUGAUCACACUUCCCAGAUUUGAGCCCAAGAGCUUCCUAGAAGUACUCAAGAAGAAUCGGGUGUCUUGCCUGCAUGUAGUGCCUCCACUUCUGCAGUUCAUCGCUUCAUCUCCAGUAGUGUCAGCAGCUGACCUAGACAGCAUUCACACUGUCAUAUGUGGCGCUGCUCCUUCCUACCCAUCAGCUGUUACAAUGCUCAAGGAGAAGGUUUCUCGGCCGAUAUUUUUCCAGGAAGGUUAUGGCCUGACGGAGCUCCUCUGCACCCACUUGACUCCUAAGGACGAAGAGAAACUGGGUUCCUGUGGCAAGCUGCUUCCUAACAUGAGCGCCAAAAUAAUCGACUUGGACACCAAUGUUGCUCUCCCACCCGGUGCUAAGGGUGAACUCUACAUCAAGACACCCGUUAUGAUGAGUCACUACCACAACAAUCCCCAGCAAACUGCUGAUACCAUAGACGCUGAUGGUUGGUUCAGGACGGGAGACAUCGCCUCAUACCAAGAAGAUGGUAACUUUAUCAUCAGUGACCGCAUAAAGGAAGUCAUCAAAGUAAAGGGAAUGCAGGUGUCCCCCUCGGAGUUAGAAGACGUAAUCUUGGGUCACCCGAACGUAGCCGAUGUGGGCAUCGUGGGUGUGGAGGACGAGAGGGCCGGGGAGGUGCCUAGGGCAUAUGUGGUGCGUCAUGGGCAGGUGACAGAGCAACAGCUGCAUGACUUCAUGGAGAGCCGUGUGGCUCCUUACAAGCAACUGGCUGGAGGCAUCAAGUUCGUCGAAGGGCUGCCCAAGAACUCCACUGGUAAGCUGUUGAGGAAGGAGCUGAAGAAGAAGGCGGAGCAGAAGUAACCAAGAUUCUGCACAGUGUCUGAAACUAAUGAAAACACAUGUUAAACACUUGCCAUAUUUCAUUGGGUGACGCUUUGUCCCCAAUAAAAUGCAAUAUAUGCGUGUGUGUAUAUUCCUACAUUCCAUCCGUGUUGAUAUACUCUCUCAAGUACUUGUACCUGAAUGUCCGAAGAAACAGCUGACCGGUCUUAGAUCUGUCCGCAACUAGUGCUUGGCUUCCAGUAAACUAAACUAGACGGAAGAGGGUGUAUUAUGUUUGUUGCCGUGACCCAUCUUCCAUUUGUGCAACUUGGUUACUGACAGUUGUGUACGUAUAUUUAGGUUAAUGAAUGUCAAAUUAUAUUCAAUGAAAAGCAUUAAAGCCCUAGGGGUUAUAUGGUGCCUGAGAGACGGUAGGCAAUCAAUGUCGAAUCAAGAUUAUUAUAAUCAUGGGGGAGUGCUAAACCCGUAGGAUUAUACAGCGCCUGUGGGGAGAUGUGGAAGGUAUUCAGGUUUAAUUUAGGGAACUGGAGCAGAGAUCCAAUUCCCUAGAUUAAGAGCCCCUCACCAGGGGUGUCGAAUCAAGAGCCCUAUAGCAUUAAGGCUCCCUAACCCGUAAAUUAACCUGUCUUUAUCUGCCAUUAUUAUAAUGAAAACAACAUCCUAAACCCACAAGAGUCAUACAGCCUUAAGCUGUUGAACUCUUAUACUAUUAUAUUACAAAAAGUUGCUAUGUAUGAUAAUUGUGGAAAUUUAUUUGGUCCAAAUAGUUCCACAGCUCAGAUCCAGCAUGAGCGUCUGGUCGUCUGAGCCGAGCGGCCCUUAAACCCUCCCAAACAC